UUCCGGGGCUUGUACUGUUUUGUUCGUUGUGCUACAUAAAAUGGCAUCAUUUAUUGACGAUGUGGAUGAUAUUAGACGCAACAGAAAAGUGACAAUAACUGGGACUGAUCACAUCGAAAAUUAUACGAUAUACAAUAUUGAAGUGUCAGUGUGUGAUUGUCAAUGGAGUACCCGACAUAGAUACAGUGAAUUUGCUGACCUUCAUGAAAAACUUGUCAUUCAACAUAAAGUUGAAAAAGGACUACUGCCACCGAAGAAACUUUUAGGAAAUCUUUCCAGAUCAUUUAUUGAAAAACGACAGAAAGAUCUAGAACAAUAUUUACAUUCUCUAUUGCAGAGGUUUAUUUACUUGCCGAAGUCUUUGUCAUAUUUCCUAGGAUUCAAUAAAUAUGAAAUCCAUGGAGUGGUGGAGGCACUGGCUGAGGAGCUAUUUGAGAAAGGAGACAUGAUCCUGUCAGCUGGUGAGGUUUAUCACAUGACACCCAUACAACUUUACGCCAUUACAGAAAGGUUGAAGUUAGCUCUUCCCACUUGUGAAUCAGGUGACAGGAGGCGUGACCUUGGUCAUGUCAUGGAUUUCAUUGCAAGACUCAAGUACCUCAAGAUAACAGGCUUUGAUGGAGCACUAGGUACAAGCAGUAGAACUGUCAAUGAACUGCCUUUUGAUAUGUCAAUUUUUAAAGCACUAAUACAAGUUCAAAAAUUAAUGCCUAGAGUGGAGUAUUUGGAUUUGAGUUAUAACCAGAUUGUAUCAGUGGAUCAUUUACAGAACUUGUCAUGUCUGACACAUGUUGACCUGUCACACAAUGAACUAGAGUGUGUUGAUGCAUUCAAUACAAAGUUUGGAAAUAUUAAAUCAUUGAACCUUGCUGGCAACCGUAUUGAAAGCAUAUCUGGUCUGGCUAAACUCUACUCUCUAGUGCAUCUUGAUGUCAGCCAUAACAAGAUAGAAGAGGUGAUUGAAAUAAAACACCUUAAAGGAUUGCCAUGUCUGGAAAAAAUAUUUUUCUUAAGUAAUCCAGUUACCAUAGUAACUGAUUAUAGAACUAAAGUCCUGGAGGUUUUUAAUGAUAGAGCAAGUGAGAUUACUUUAGAUGGUCAGAUUACGAGUCAGAAAGAGCUGGAUACAGUAGCGGUCCUACAAGCGAUCCACAAAGCGAGAGAAGCCAAAGGGAAACAGGGAAAAAAUUCACCGAAAAAGAAGCAUACAACACAUGUGCAUGCAGCAGAGAUAGCGGAAGCCAAUGAUGAUUCUGAUAGCAGUUCACAAUAUCAACAAUAUAGUUUUCAAGGUAGUGCUAGUUCUACUCCACCUUCUACUGGCCAAGUGACAGAAGGUACAAGUCCAAUUGACAGCGAAUUUCGCUCACAGAUAGAAACAAUUCGCAACAUUGGGGGAGAGGGAUGGUUAAGAAUGCUGAAUGAGAUACAAUCCCCUGAGAAACCAAGUUCAUCUACUACAUCUCAAAAUCAACAGGGAACUCCUCAUGUAGCUGAAAAGAUGGGAAGGGCUGAAGGAGGUCAUGGGACUAUGAAUGCACAUCAGUCACUAAAACAAGCAGUCAUGGAGGAAAUUGCUGACGGAAAGAAUGCUGACAGUCGAUCCAUGAACUCAUUUGAUCAGACAGACAAAGACGGUUGUGGUCAAGGAAUCCCAUUACCUGCAUCACAACAACAGUUUCUGUGUAUACUAGAAUCUAUCUCCAAACACAGCCAGGCUGAUGAGUUCCCUAUUGAGGAUCUUUUACUCACAAGGAUUCCAAUUCCACCUGGAGAGUAUUGCAACUCAUUGGACAACAGUGGUGAAAUGGAGGGUGAGGACAGCAGACAACCCCCAGAGGGGGAGAGUGAUACAUCCGAGGCUGAGGCAACACCUUCUGAAGACAGAGCCAGAGCUGCUCUUGGAGAUGUCUCUGUUAAAAUGGGCGUGGUUGAGAAGUUCCGGGAGCAUCUGGAGAAACGUUUGCAGACACUGAUGCCUGGUGCAUUGUUUGAAGUAAUGAAUUCAGCAAGAGAGAGGAUAACUCCCCAAUCCUCUCUCAGAGUUACUUUCAAAGCUGGUUCCACUGAAGAGAUUGCUGUCACAUCAGAAGCAGCAAUAUGUCUGCCAGCACCACUACCUGUACCAGUAAUUGAUCCAGUUAGGAUUUACUCAGAAGAAGCUUUGAAUGAGCUUUCCAACUAUAAUGCAAAAGCUAAUCUUAGGGUCCCUGAUGCAAUGAAGAGUUUGGCUUCUCUUAGAGGUUUGGCUUUGGUGAAAUAUUACCAUGAGAACAUUGCUCAGAUCAGCAGUGAUCUAGAGGAGUUGAAAUUUAUCAUGUGGUGUGGCGUAAUUCCUCACAGUACGCCAACCAAUGAAGUAGUGACCUGUGUGAUGCUCAGUUCCAGAGCGCUCUAUUUUGUUUCUGAUGAAGAAGUGGAGCUGUGGAGAAACCAACCCACAAGUGUAACAGACUCUUGGAAGUGCCAUCGAAGAAUGCAUAGUGAUUCUAUACUGGAACAUAUGCAGAGAGCGGCAAAGGGAAGAUCUAAAUCAUCUGGUGGUAGACAUGAAGGCACAAGUCAUUCUAGCGGUGUCAUCAUGGAUGUGAGUCCUGACAGCAGCCAAGGGCAAGUCAGAUGUUUUCAUGUGUUACAGCUUAACAACCUCAAGCAAGUAUUCAUAGGGAUGUUUGAUCAGAGUUUGCGUCUGACUGGACCAGAUACUGCAAACACACUUGCCUGUAUUACCAGAGACUACCAUCUGACACAUGGAUUCCUUGACGCCCUCAUGGCAGCUCUCUGUUUUGUCAACAUUGCAACGCCAUCCCCAGAGAUGGAACGCAGUGCAUCUGAUUUUGAAGUCUACAGUGCUUCUGCGAAAGCAAGGUCAUGUUCUGAAAACUUAGAGUUUGUUCACCCGAGUAAAGUGAGAUUUGUCUACCCAAAUGAGGAAGUUGUAAGUGACUUGACAUUCACCAUCAUUGACAGCAUCAAAGAAUAUGACCCAGUCAAUGAUGUCACAAUCUUGAUGUAUUCACUACUAUUUCAAGUUUCUCCAUGUGAAGAAGAAUGUGACGAGUCUUCAAAGCUACCGUCAACGUCUAUUACAUCCAGGCUGCUUGAACCCAGAACCCUAAUAGUGACCAACUCACACGUCAUGAUCUGCCUACAAGACCAUGUUAGCUAUCCACUACCAGAUUUCGCUAAAAUCCUCCCUGAAAACGCACAGUACAAGGUGUUAGAAGCAAAGAGACUGACUGAUCUCAGGAGGGUGGUAAUCAGUGACUUCGGAGCACGAGACAUUGCCCUGGUCUUUGAAAAGACUGAAGUGGUGGUUGAUGUCACAAGGGACUAUUACAGUGCUCGUGAUUCUCCAAUAACGGAUGAAGCAGGUCAGCAAGAGAUCCAGUGGACUUUCAUCUUACAGACGGUGGAAGAAAGAGAACGAUUAACAAAGUUGCUUUCUAAACAAUGGACAAACAUUACAAGUAAAGAGUUAUCAGUGCAAAUAAAUACAUGA